GCUAUCACAGUCUACAGUAACACCGCAAUAUGAAGUCUGCCGAAGUCACCCGCUCUCCAUCAACAUUCCGGGCAGUCUUUGUGACAGGUAUGAUUACGGGUGCCUAAUAAGCAUGGGGACCCAACAUAGUAGGACGGAUGCCAGCUGAGCCCCUCAACUCACCAGACCAUCGCUGGGAUAUUGACAACAGAAUUCUCAGCUAGGCCCCUGAGAAGGCCUUCUUGCAAACCCUUGGAGCCAUGGAACACAAAAUACAACAGAGGGACAAAAACAGGCCCAGCUACUUUGGCAACGUCAAGACCAGACUGGGAUCCAAGCUCCCUGUUGGGGACACCCAGUCCCCCAGGUUCAUUUCCGGACCCUUGGAGACAGGGCCUCAGACCGACCCAACCAAGGAGGCCAGCGGUCAGUGCCACCGUGCCGUGGGGCGUCCCCUUGACCACGUCCCCCACAUCCGGAACCCCCGACUGCGACAGUAUUAUCUCCAAGAGCCUAGAUGGGGAAUGGAGGGAACCAUGGCCAAGUCCAUGGGCAGAGAUCACCUGUCAGAUGACAAGGUAGACACUAUUGCUCACCAUGAAGAUACGUUUUUCAGUGUCACCUCCAAGUGCAGUAGCCUGGCAGAUCAGACUAAGCUGAACAGGCAGCUCUCCAUCUCUUCCUCCCUCAUCUCCCGGCAGAACCUCCGCGUUCCCAAGAGUAAAGGCUCUGGCCAAGGCUCAUCUCCCGCAGUGAUGCACCUUGACCCCAACAUCAGGCUGGAGCCAAAGUUGGACACUAACCCAGGGCUUGGGCUUUUUCCAGCCCCAUCUGCCAGCCCUCACUCCCCGUCACCAGAUGCAGAGUAUGACAAACUAUUGGAUGUGGAGGCGGUGCCAAUGCCUGACGGACAGCUCUGCCUACUGGCCCUCCCUCCCGAGUGCUCCCAAAGGGAAGGGCAAGCCGCCAUGCCAUAUCUCAAAUUGUUCUGCCGCUACAUCACUGACCGCAAGGGUGUGGUUUCUGGUAUCUUGCUAGUGACGUCCAAUAAGAUCUUCUUUGACCCGUGUAAGACCCACCCGUUGGUGAUGGAGCACGGCUGUGAGGAGUACCUGCUGUCCUGCUCAGUGGACAGCCUGGACUCUGUCUCGUUCUACUCGGACAUUUCCCACGUGCACUUCAACACCUCCACACACAGGUGGAAAGGAACUAAAAAGACCCAGAAAACGGUCUCCAAAACUGGCAAAACGCUCCAGCAGGGUGGGAGGCGAAGCAGCAGUAGCCCACAGCACAAGGGGGAGACUGUCCCAGUGCUGGUCUCUGCUGCUACGUCGGAGCUGAGGUCUGCCCUGGCUCUCAGCCUGGUCCAAGGGUUCGCUAAGGAGGAGAGUAGCCGUGACAUGACUCAGGCAGAGAAGCAGCUGGAGGGAAAGGGAAGCCCACUGGAAGAGAUGGUUGUGCAGUCAUCCGGGGCUGAGCUGAGCAGUGCUGCCACCUUUUGUUGUGGAGGACAAGUGGCAGCAGGGACGAGAAAUCUAGUGAGAAUGGAACAGGUGGACAGAGAGGGGACGGAGAAGGAGCAGUCUGUGAGGAAUCGGACGUCAGGCCUCUCUAGACCUUCAGGGACUUUUGGGUGUCUCAUGUUUGUCAGGCUGCGGCUCCAGGGGUCCGCUGGGAAGAAGGGUGUGGCUGCAGGCUUGCAGCUGGGGACAACAAAAACCUUACCCCGGAGGGAUGCCUGGUUCGCCUUUUCCCAGGAGAGCUCAGACGAGCUCUACGCCUAUCUGAGCCACUGGAGGCCUGACCUAUGCGUACUGGAGGGAGGGUCGGAGGAGGGGGAGGGCGACAAAGACGAGUUUGUACUGGUUGACAACGGGGAGGAGGAGGAAGAAGUGUCCAAGAACCACGGACGGACUGGGGAGGACUGGGAGAUGGUGUCAGUGGAGGAUGGUGGCGGGAGACUACCUCUGGUCAUGGACAAAGAUCCAGAGGGACUGUGUGAGAUCGUGGAGCAGAGUCGCAUCUUGGACGCAAAGCUUGUCAGAGAGCUCUCAGCCGAGUUGCCUCCCAGGACAGUGGGCCACAUGUGGCAUCUGGCCUACAGCACUUCUCUUCACGGUUCCAGCCUCAAGUCCCUCUACCGGAAGCUGAACGGCAGCGACUCGCCUGUACUCAUGGUCAUCAAGGACUCGCUCAAUCAGGUGUUUGGGAGCUUUCUCUCUCACCCACUGAGGCCGAGCGAGACUUUCUAUGGCACAGGAGAGACAUUCCUCUUCAUGCUGCAUCCUCGAUUCAAGUGUUUCAGAUGGACAAGAGAGAACUCCUUCUUCAUAAAGGGAGACCUGGACUCUUUUGCUAUCGGAGGAGGAAGUGGUCACUUUGGCCUGUGGCUGGAUGAGACGCUGUACCUGGGCAGGAGUAGCCCCUGUUACACCUUCAACAACUGCUGCCUCUCAGAAAGAGACGACUUCCACGUCAUAGAGCUGGAGGUGUGGACAUUCUGGUGAAGGCCUGCCCUCUUCGACUUGUCUAGCAACACCCACUCAUGAUGUCUGGCUGUCCAAUGACUGCUUUAAACAAGACUCUAGAACAAUGAUUUGGAUGUUCCCCACUAUUUUGACUUAAUUCUGCGAACUGAACUGUGAUUAUUCUGAACCCUAUCUCUGAAUGUGGACCAAACCACUAGGUGGAGGAGGGGUGUUGGUGGUCUGGGGCUGAGGUUGUAGCCUCACUGCAUUGAACCCCCCCCCCCCCCCACACACACACACACUCUUUUGCAGGUUGGUAUGGUCAUCUGACUCUGCCUUGUGGAUACUGUAGUUCAGUGGUGGAAUUCACAUCUUCUAGCAAUGGAUCUCCAUCUGAAGGCCUACCUGCAUGUGUAAGCCUGCAUUACCACCCCAGCACAAUUGGCACUGUUAUUCUGGCACUUUUUUUUUACACAUAUUUUUGCUGCCUGUGAAUUGCUAACCUGAAGGUUACUGUCUCUUUUGUAAAAUGGAGGAACUGAAAUUCAAAGAACUAGGGGCUCACUAUGCCCCAUUUUGCAUAUAGAAAAAUUAUAUGAAUUGAUGUACACAUUUAGUCAAAGUGAACAAAAAAAGGACUUGGGGGAACAUGGUCUAACCUAAAUAUCUUUAGAAUUUUUUUAUGUUACCGAAUCAAACAAUACAUGAAAGUUGCUGUCACUGAUCAGAAGUUAGAUCUAUGUUCCCACAAUAUAACAAGUAGACAAAAUGUGAAAAAUGGGGCUAAUGUUAUUAUAACAUGUCUUUAUCUGAUACUUUUUGAGAAACAUCGAUUUCAUCCAGUGGUCAUUGCAAGCUUACGGACUGAAAAUAACAAUCUAUUUUUAUUUUGUUUGCACAAAAUUAGGCACAAAUAGUCGAAGGUUAUUUCAAGGGGUUAACUACCUUUGCAAUGCUAACACGUGCCUACAUUGCAGUGCUUAAAAAGGAAAGAUUAAACCAUUUUGAAUGUUUUAUCGUAUUUGUGCAUCUCUGAGCGAUGUUCUAUCAAUUCCUAGGGUCCUUUCAUGUUUAUCUGAGCUAUUUGCUGUUCAAGCAAGCAAAAAAAAAUA